ACGUUGGAUACUUGGGCAUUCGUUGGAUUACAAACGUACACCAUUCUGCUUUUGGGAGUUUUAGCGGGAUUUCAAACAAGUUUCGCCGCGCCGAUAUCGUGACCCGUCCAUCCGAAACAAAUAAGAUAGCAUCACGCUGCUUCAGUUUUUGUCUAAAGCAAGCUUAUUUGAAAUCUGAAAGUAAUGUCGAGUGAAAAUUGUAAUCUGCUUUCCCCUCUGGUUCACUCAAUGAAUUUGAGGAUUUCACAGGAUCAUUUGCAUGAAGAUUAUUCGGAGGUCGAAGCCGAGAAAGACUAUCUUCUUUCAACGGACAGGAGACAAACCUUCGCUGCCGAGCCGCUGGAAGUGGUGAACAUGGGUUUGCAGCAUUUGAGGACAGCCAGGGGGACAGCGACCCGUCGGCUCAGAACUGUGAAGAAAGCAUGGGGCACAUUCAAAGCGAAAGCGAAAAAACACACUGCAGUGCCACAACCUAAACUGAAACCCCAACAGCUCUGGAGUUUGUCUCUCACCAGUCCCCAAUCUCCCAGUGCCCGUGCCCUCAUGCUAAACUCGCCCCUCACCCCAGACCCCUAUGCCACACCCGGCAACAGCCGUAGGUACCGUCAGGCAUCCAGCUUAACCACACCAGAAACCCCUCUCACCCCCCUGAGAAGAUCAGCCCGUAUUGCCAGCCAGACUCCGACUCCUUGUAGAGACGGCAAGACAAGGAAAAGAACGGGUGGCAGAAGAACAACACCAAAAAGAAUCCAGCUCAAUGCCAGCCCUGGACAGAUCCUGCGUGAACUCAAUGCCAUGUGCUUACAGACAGGUCAAAGGUCAACAUCAUCAGUAUCUUCUGGAGUCAACGCUCUUAAAGCCAUGAGUGAAGGUUUAUCGCAGACCAUUACAAAACAAGACAGUUCUGGUACAUUAACCGAGAUUCCUGUUCAGAAGCCAGCAACUAAAGAUAAAUCAACCUGUGCCAUGGAUUCAAAAGAGAAUGAAUCAGAACCUAGCCGUGUCACCAGACUACGACGCAACAGAGGGGUAAUGGUAUCCCAGAAUACAACAGACGGACAGAUGCUCACAGAAAACUUUGCUUAGGGUUAGGGCUCACAUGAAUUAACAUCAAAAUCAAAUGGCUUUAUAAGAUAACAAUCCGUGGAAUCAGAUGGCUCUAAUUAACAUUUCUAUUAAAAGUAUUUCCCCCUAAGAUUUCUGUGCACACCAUAUAGUGAAUUAAUAAUUCUCUUGGGGAGACUAAAAGCACCCUUAAUCGCCAAAUUGAGGUUUUGAAAAUAUUGUUUUGAGUGAUACAAAUACUUCAAAUAUCUUUUUGCCAGUAGGCGCAAGGUUUUCUGGAAACCACAAAACCAAGGCCUACUUUUAUGAAACUAGUUAUCAGUACUAAAUACUAGUAUUAGAAUUUUAUAGCAAAUUCACUCUCAUCCAAUCAAACUGCACUAUUUUAUUAAUUUGUAACUUGCCAUCCAUAACAGGUUUUAUGAAAUGGAGCCAAGUUUCAAAGUUUAGCAUCAUAUUUCUGCUCAUUGGAUUCUAUGUUUGCAUAUUUUCAACAGCAAAAAAAAAGAAAGAAAGUGAUGUAGUGCUGAUAACUUGUGCUGCUGCUUUUAAUAGUAUUUCACAAAUUACUUCGCUCUCUAAUUCGCUUGUAAUUUUCAGCAAUUGCACUGAAAAUGAAAAAUAUUCAUACUUCCAUAUGCAAAUUUAGAGAGAGGUACUUUAGGGGAUUUCGUUUUAUUCAACAUUUCACCAAGAGAUUUGAUUUGCCAGUAUCUUGAUUAUCAUUUUGGUUUGAAUUGAAGUGGAAAACAAUGAUUGGUAAUGAAGUGCAUUGUUAUUUUCAGGAUCAUUUCAAUCAUAAGUCUGGUCAUUUUUAUUGCUGUGAAAUCUGCACACCAAAUGAAAAUCAGUUUUCUCAUUACACCUUGAACAAUUGGAAAUUUGAUGAGGAUUUCAGAAAAAUAUCUUUGUCCAUGUUUAGGUGCUCAUACUAUUACCUUGCAAUAUGCCAUUUUUCUAUUCACCUUUGACUCCAUCUUGCAACCUUUUGUAUGUUACACUUUUUUAUAAUUUGCCUUAGUGGCAACCCUUUUAUAAAGGCUUAAUUUUCAAUUUCCCUGAAUAUUGUUUUGUAUAUGACUAUGUGAUAAUAUACUAUAUGUAAGACUGUCCACAAUGAUCGCAUGCUUUGGAUUAGGUGUAUGCAGGUCACUAUUUGCCUAUAAGAUAUCCGUUUGAGUUUUUUCCAAAUUUGUAGCUUUGCUUGAACUGUGACUCAGUUGUUCACAAUUUUUAAAAACAAUAGAACUUUAAUAGCAUGGUCCUUAGGACAACAAAAUUACCUUUGAAUAACAGGUAGUGUGUUGUAUCAGGUUCCAUGUACAGAGCAGAAAUGUUGAAUUUCACCAACCAAACAGAUAUGAGGUUUAACAGUGGAGAGCAACAUACCCCUUGCUCUGCUCAGGUUAGUACAUUCUACAGAUGCAAAACAAGCCACCGGUUUCUUUUAUACAAUAGCUCUGAAAAAUAAAAGAAUCAAUUAUAGACAAUUUUGUUAAGGUUUCUUUAACUCUCCUUUCAAUAUCUGUUGUAUGCAGAUAUAUUUAAGAAACUUUAAAAUGUAUAUUUUAUCCCUUUUUUUUACUCAAAAAGUAUCAUUCAAUUGGACCUGUAUGGAAUUCAGAAGUGCCUUUGGUGGCCGAGCGUGUUGGUAAUACAUGCAAUGUACAAAAGAGUGAUACACUUACGUAUUACUGACUCUUCUGUACGUUGCAUUUGUGAUGUCGGGAGAAUAAUCGUUGGAAAACAGCUAUGAUUACUUUGCCAUUAUGGCAACUACAUGUAUCAUGGUAUUAUCAGGCUUAUCAGCCAAUCACAAUCAAGGUUUCCAUGGUAGUUACAAUAAUGACAAAAUUACCAUAGUAAGUCUUUAUGAAACAACCCUGAUAUCUUCAUGCUGAGUUUCCUAUAUCAAAAAGUAGAAAUGAUACCACUACCAGGUACAUAAAAUAUGGUCUUUAUACUAUAUUGUUUUUAAAUCCAUUUACAAAACAUUUUGUAUGCUAUAACUAAUAGAAUUUGUCUUACUUAAUAGACAACAUUCCCUGUCUAUUUGUGGUUAUAACUUGAUAUAUGAAAAUAUAAUAUUUCUUAUUAUUAUUUAGAUGUAGGGUUUUAGAGGCGCAGAUAUUUUUUGACGUCUUGCGAGGUUGUUUCAAGGAGACAAAAAUAUUAAAACUGAUUUUUAACGUGCAUGCCUAUGAAAACCAUCCAAUAUUGAAAAUAUUGGACAAAAUGAAUAUUUUGCCCCGCCCACAAGAUAAUCAUUGGUUAAUACAUUAUUGUGCGCAUGAAGCUUGCAUUGCGCAUUAGUUGCCAGGAGGUGUGGUAAAUUAGGACCGUCAAUUUAUUGAAUUCAAAUGCGCUUGCACUAUACGCUAUAAAGCGCAUCUUUACUUUAUUACAGAGAUUUCUUUUUUCUUUUGAUAUGACAAUACUCAGGCGCCAUGCUCAUGAUUUACAGGAUUGCCAUAAAUGAUGGUUACUAAAAACAUUUUUUUUUUUUGCUUCAUUAUUUUAUUCUUAGCUUUGUGGGGGUAUCUAAGUAAUAAUAAUAAUAUUGGAUGACCAAUUUUUCGUUGGAUGCGUAGAAAUAUUGUUACUCGCUGAAGAACAAUAUUGGAUUCGUCUUCGACUCAUCCAAUAUUGUUCUUCAGCCCGUACAAUAUUUCUUCGCAUCCUACCCAAGGCCAUACAAUAUUCCCUAAAUAUGACCUCUUGUAUUUAUGCGUGUACUUUAUGUUAAUCUCACUUUAUUACUGCACAGGCUUCGACUACUAUAGUUACUGUUAUAAUCUAUAUUGUUGAUUCUUGUUUUGAUUAACCAUGUUAACAAUUUUGUCAUGUAUUCAUCAUUUAUCAAUAGUACUUAUAAUGCAUUAGGAAUCUGUAUCGUGCAACUUAAUAUACUUGGUGUGCUUAUUUAUCAUGUAUAAUCAAUUAAUACUUUAUGACUAAUCAAUAUUGGUGUAUUUAUAAAGAACUUGUACUAAAGUGUACUUUAAUUUACAUGGUAUUAGUUUAUAUCUUUUUACAGGCUGCAUACUGUAUUCAUUUAUUCUUUUAUUAUUAUUUUUUGUAUAUUGUGUAUAUCUCAUGUAAUUUACAUUUCCUAAUGUUGUUUUUACCAGUUCCCUCAUUACAAAUGGUUGGUGACUGUAUAUGAAAUGAUGGUUUUAUGAAUUGUAUUAUUUAGCAUUGUCCUUCUUUUUUUAGUGAAUACACAUAAAUCUAAAUACUGAGUACUGUUUCUUGAUAUUUUGCCAGGAUUUCCAGAAAGUUAUUCAGAUGAUAAUAAUUUUAAAGUUAAUAAACUUUACAUUUAAAGUUUGUAGAAUUAUUUUAUUGACAAAUGUCAUAGCUCUUUUCACUAAUAUUGAAUUUACUUUGGGCUUUUAAGAUGUACAUAGUUUGUAUAAGAAUUGGUUGAACGUAAGAACUUUAUAGAAAUAGGGGGUAUGAAGUGCAUUAUUUUAUUUAUUUGAAUAGUAGAAUUUAUGAACAAAACUAAAUGUUGGCUUUUUAACUUUUUUAUGUCAAAAAAUAUGUUUGAACUGUAUAAAUUGGUAUACACAACGUAAAUUGUUUUAAAGAAAAUUAUUACAAAGGAGCUUUGAUUUUGCAUUGUUUUUAUAUUGUUAAACACUCUUUGGCAGAUUUGUUAAGUUUCAAGAGUUGUUGUUGGGUUUUUUUUUCUCUUUCUUUCUUUUGAAAAGUGGGAUAUCAUAGAGAACAAGCACUCAAUUAUUCAUUCAAGACAACAUUGUGGAUCACUCCAAUGUAAAAUGUUGGAGGUUAAUAAGACCAAAAGCUUGAGUCACUGUACAAUGGAUGUUCCACUCAACUACAUUGGCUACACUCACUGGUAAAAUGUCAGAUAAUGUUAUAUAAAUCCCCAGAAACAAUGGUUAAUGAGUUGUAUUGUAGUAAUAACAUAAUAUUAAUUGGAAAUAAUGGAUUUUUUUUUCACAAGGUAAGUGGGUUAGAAAUGUUUAUUUUAGUAUCAACUCUUUUCCAAAUAAUUUUGAUCAUGUAUUGGCAUCAUAGCUUUCAUUGUAUUAGUUGAAAAAAUCUCCUUGAAGAAUGUAUAUGUAUACUUGCCAUGUUACUUUGAAUUAAACUGCUUGUUUAUACUUAUAA